ACUGGGCAGAAGUUUGAAGUAUCAUGCGAUCUAGUUAUUACAGUUGGUUUCCUGAAAAACCUGAUUCAAGACAAGACUGGUAUUCCACCCAACAACCAGAAAUUGAAAUACCAAGACGAAACAUUGGCUGACCAUAGGAAAUUGUCAGACUACGGUAUUCAGCAUAUGUCCACGGUCAAAUUG